CGUUAAACCACCCACUCUACCACCACUUUCACUGAAGGGGUUUAUCAACUAUUGGCCAUUCAACACCACUUACGUAUGGUUCAAUUUCUAGCGACUGUCAUCCCCUCAGCGACUGUGUGGCCAUUUUACGAACGCUCCCGCCGACAGCCAUCUUCAUCAUGUCCAUUACACUCAACGGCGACGGAGGGCGUCCAAGUAUGUCAACACAAAAGUCUGCGCCCUCUGUCAUGAACCAGCACUUUGCACCUGUGGGCGAGCAGCCCACGAUGGAGCAGUACCAACAUGGAGUGCAAGUUAUUGAUGAGGACAAAGAGUUCAAUCCAAACCUCUCUACAUACUUCCAACUUGAGAAAGUUACGCCCGCCGGUUUCAAUUACCACAUCAUAUCCGUGUUUGGCUCGCAGUCUACUGGCAAAUCCACACUAUUGAACUAUUUGUUUGGCACAGACUUCGGCGUGAUGUCUGAGCAAGAGAGGCGGCAGACCACGAAAGGAAUAUGGAUGUCGAAGAACAAACGAGGCGUAGAUGCUGAUGGAGGCAAAAGCAUGGCUGACAACAUUCUUGUUAUGGAUGUGGAAGGCACGGACGGUCGUGAACGAGGAGAGGACCAGGACUUUGAGCGGAAGAGCGCGCUGUUUGCAUUGGCAACUAGCGAGGUUCUCAUAGUCAACAUAUGGGAACACCAAGUCGGUCUGUACCAAGGUGCAAAUAUGGGUUUGCUUAAGACAGUUUUCGAGGUCAACUUGCAGCUUUUCGUAAAGGGGAGAGAGACGAUUCCCCGUUCCCUAUUGUUCUUUGUGAUUCGAGAUCACAUUGGCCACACUCCUCUGGUGAACCUUAAAAAUACCUUGAUCCAGGAUCUCUCCAGGAUAUGGUCGACAAUAUCAAAACCAAAGGGGCUAGAAAAUUCUAAAAUCGAAGACUACUUUGAUUUUGCAUUUGUAGGACUACCACAUAAAAUUUUGAAGCCAGAGGCAUUCCAGCAGGAUGUGGAAAAGCUGAGUCUCAGAUUCAACGAAGGCUACAAGGAUCGUAAGAAGCAUGGUCUAGUCGAUGAAUCAUCAGAGCCAAUUCUUCUACCCGAAUAUCACCGCCGUAUACCUGCCGAUGGCUUUUCUACCUAUGCCGCAAACAUCUGGGACCAGAUCGUACACAAUAAAGACUUGGACUUGCCGACUCAGCAAGAGCUUUUGGCUCAGUUCCGUUGCGACGAGAUCGCGAGAGAGGUUCUCGUCGGAUUCGAUGAAGCUAUUAUACCCCUUGAGGAGCAACAAGCCUUGGACAUCACGUCCGGAAAACCUAAGAUCAUUACAGGUCUCGGACAAGUCAUGAACAGUGCACGUUCCAAUGCCUUGAGCAACUUCGAGACAGCAGCAAGUCGAUAUCAUAAGGGCGUGUACGCACGGAAGCGAACAGAGUUAGAGGGAAAAGUCGACGGCAGACUAAAAGCCCUGACUCAGGGGCAAUUAGCAGCAGCACAUAAAGCUGGCGUAAAUGCCUUCAGCGAUGCCGUGAGCGCUGCAGUCAAAGAUGGCCAGAAGAAAGGCGCACAAUACGACUUCGCCGAAAUAGUCAUCAUUGAGAAAAAGAAUGCGAUCACCCGGUUUGAAGCGGAGGGUAUGGCUAUCCUUGUUAAGGACGCCUCAUGGAGCAACUUUAAGCAGGAGCUAAAUCUAUACCGCAAGGACCUCGAUGAAGUAAGCGCGAAACUGCGGAAAGAUGAAAUGCGCCGUCUUGCGACAAGAGUAGAGAGAUGGGUUCGUUCGAGGCUUGGCGAUUCAGUGGGACUAGAAUUCAACAAACUUGGAUCUGGUCGCGCGGGUAACGGUGCCCCUGAGGAAGGCGUUAAGCCAAAAACCGAAAAAGAUAUCUGGGAUCGCAUAUGGGAUGUAUUCACGGAAAUGGUUUCCGAAGCCGAGAAACGGUUCACAGAGCGAGCAAGGAGCUUUGAUGCAAGCCCCGAAGAAGUCGAGAUUGGCCUCUGGAGGUUACGACGCAAAUCAUGGGGUGUUCUACAUACAAAGAUCGACGAAGAGGUCAUGGAGGGAAACAUCUUGCUCAAGCUCCGGGAGAACUUCGAAGACAAAUUCCGAUAUGACGAGGCUGGUGUACCACGAAUAUGGCGCCCAACCGAUGACAUAGAAGGAUUAUACACAAAGGCGCGAGAGUCUACCGUUACUCUUAUUCCCCUACUAUCACGUUUCAGGCUUUCAACAACAUCUUCGCCACCACCGCUUGACGCCUGGAUCGGCAUAGCACCUUCUGCUGUGGCUGCUGCCGACGAGGAAGACCUCAUUCCUAUCGGAGGUGUGGACGAAGAAGAAGGCAAGAGCCUUGAGGAAGAAAUGACUAUCUUGAACGACGCGAAACAGCAAGACCUAACUGUGCGAUUCAAAAAGAUGGCUGAUGGCGUCUUCGUCGAAGCUAAACGCGGCGCGCUUGGUACGGUUUCGUCUAUCCCAUUAUAUUUCUGGCUCGUGUGUGUAGUACUUGGAUGGAACGAAAUUAUGGCUGUCCUCCGCAAUCCCUUCCUCAUCCUUUGCGGGAUUCUUCUCGCCGCUGGUGCUUAUACCACCUAUACGCUAAACUUAUGGGGUCCCAUAUACCGCAUGGGCAACGCAGCAUUUGGUCAGGCUGUGGAGGUCGGAAAAGAACGUCUUCGCGAGUUCUUAGAGAGCUCAGAUACGGGAAGGCAGGCAAUGAAUAUGGCAGGCCAGAACGCAGCUGAGAAUGUGAGAAUGGACAGGUUGGAUGGCAGGGGAAACAAGAUGAAAGAGGAGGAUAUGGAAGAUAUUUGAUACCUUAACGGUGGCGAUGUUCCACGAAAUAUACGCUUCCAGGCCAAGGGUUGUAGAUGAUAGCUGUCUUGGUUAUGCUUGGGUAGAUAGGCUGGUUGAUGAUGACAAUGACAGUACGGCUGGCUAUGUAUCUAUGUACUGUUUCGAGCUAAUACUGCUCCGGAAGCAAUAGACAGGGUUACUCUCCGUUCC